AUGUAUAAAAGGCAAGAAAUGAGAGAAGCAAGUUGUCAUUGCAUGGCCAAGAAGCAAACCAUGGAACUCCAGACUCCAAGGAUCUGGGUAUGGUUGGCCUUGACGCUUUCCUUGUCAAGUGCCUAUGACAUUAUUCCAGGUAGACCUGUCGACCACACUAAGUCUAUAUGCAGUUCAUGGGGCAACUUCCAUUACAAGACAUUCGAUGGAGUGAUCUAUCAGUUUCCGGGCACCUGCAACUAUAAUUUGGCUUCACACUGUGGGGACUCCUACCAUGAAUUUUCUGUCCACAUCCAGCGUGCCAUAGAGGAUGGUGACCCAGUCAUUCACCAAAUCUUUAUGCAAAUCAAGGAUGUAACUAUAGAACUGAAGAGAGAUGCUGCGAAGGUGAAUGGGCAAAUCUUUGUGACCCCUUACUUCAACUAUGGAGUUUUCAUAAACAAGAAGGAUGGGUACACAAAGGUGCAUACAAAGAUUGGCCUGACCCUCACAUGGAACCAAGAAGAUUCAGUUAUGUUGGAGGUGGAUGCCAAGUAUCAAAACAAGAUGUGUGGACUCUGUGGGGAUUACAAUGGCGCUCCAGUCAGUAAUGAAUUCUAUCUGAAUGAUAUGCCACUCAACCCUAUCCAGUUUGGUAACAUGAAAACCAUUAACGAUCCAACUAUUACCUGCACAAAUGUAGAUGAGAGCCAACAAAUGAAUGUUUCCAGUUGUGGUCAAUAUUACUCUGUGUGCAAGAGUUACCUCACCCAAAAUGCCUUUUCAUCAUGCCAAGAUCUUUUUGAUGUUUCCGAUUACGUUAUGGCCUGCAUGCUUGAUGUGUGCUCCUGUAGCAGUGCUGAUGCCUCAUGUCUAUGCAGUACAUUAACUGAGUAUUCAAGGCAAUGCACUCAUGCAGGAGGGAUCCCACAGAACUGGAGAACCAAUGACCUCUGUCCUAAACGGUGCCCUGGGAAUAUGAUAUACAAGGAAAGUGGUUCCCCAUGCAUAAGUUCCUGUUCUCAUCAUGAAGUAAAAAGCCUUUGUGAGGAGCACAAUAUUGACGGCUGCUUCUGUCCUGAUGGCACAGUGUGGGAUGACCACAAUAACGCCGGCUGCAUUUCAAUUAGCGAAUGUCACUGCAAGUAUCAAGAAAAAUUCUAUGCUCCAGGAUCAAAGAUUUUAAAUGAUUGUGAAGAAUGCUCUUGUAAUGCAGGAAAAUGGACCUGCACGCAUGGAGUAUGCCCCAAAGUUUGUUCCAUUGAAGGAGGAGCUCACUUCAAAACAUUUGAUGGGAAGCCAUACAAGUUCCAUGGCAACUGUUACUAUUUGCUGUCUAAGGCAACAGAGAUGACGCCAUGCAAUGCUUAUUCACGGGAGACUUGUCUGAAAAACAUCCAGUUCUACACAGAUGACAAUGUCUUGUCCAUCAGAGCCGACGGAUCUGUUUUAUUAAAUGAUCUCAAAAUAAGCCUCCCUCAUGUUACAGGAGGUUUCUCAGUUAUACAGCCCACGGAAUCAAACAUCUUUGUCAAGACAAAAUUUGGUCUCCAGAUGCAAAUCUAUCUCCUACCACUGAUGCAGCUGUAUAUUAGCAUGGAUAAUUCUGAUAAGAAUACAUUUGAAGGUCUUUGUGGUAACUUUAAUUACAAAGAAGGAGAUGACUUCAUAACAUCUGCAGGUAUAGAAGAAUCAACAGCAUCAGCCUUUGCCAACACCUGGAAAAUACAGUCUACCUGCCAAGACUCAGUAGAGGUGUUAAUAGAUCCUUGCAGCUUCAGCAUGGAGACUAAAAUCUAUGCUGAGAAAUGGUGCUCUUUGCUGAGAGAUUCAGAGUCUCCUUUUUGGAAAUGCCACUUUGCAGUAGACCCAUCUGAAUAUUAUAAGAGAUGUGAGUACGAUACCUGCAGCUGUAGUCAUAGCGAAGCCUGUAUGUGCGCAACACUGUCCUCAUAUGCCAGAGCCUGUGCUGCAAAAGGAAUCAUCUUGUGGGACUGGAAGAAAGGAAUCUGUGAUAAAGAGAUUCCCAGCUGCCCAGCCUCACAGAUAUACUUGUAUAACAUCACUACUUGUCAGCCUACUUGCCGCUCCCUGGCAUUAGAAGAAAAAGAAUGUGACAGUGAAUUCACACCAGUUGAUGGCUGUGGCUGCCCAGACGGAAUGUAUCUCAAUGAAAAAGAUAGUUGUGUUCCCAAAUCACAGUGUUCUUGCUACCACCAAGGAAUGUAUCUUAGACCAAAUGAGGUUUUCUACAGGAUGGAUGAACGAUGUUCCUGCCAUGAAGGAAAACUUAACUGUGAUUCUUUUAUCAAUGACACUUGUUCCAAUGGAAAAGUCUUCCUUGACUGUAAAAAGGAAAAGAGAUCUCACAUGUCACGGCAUAGGAGCUGUCGGACCUUGAAUAUUGGACCUGUGGGUACAGGCUGCAUCUCUGGAUGUGUGUGCCCAGAUGGGCUGCUUGAUGAUGGACAUGGAGGCUGUGUUGUAGAGAGUUCCUGCCCUUGCUCAUAUAAUAAUAAAGUAUUUGCUCACGGAUCUAGGUUGAUUGAGGAAUGCAAAUCCUGCACAUGCGAGAGUGGGCUUUGGUCAUGCAUACAAACACCUUGUUAUGGAACGUGUACCAUCUAUGGGAGCGGCCAUUAUAUUACAUUUGACAAGAAAUUCUAUGACUUUGAUGGAAGUUGCGAAUUUGUAGUUGCUCAGGACUAUUGCGGUGACAGUGCAUCAAAUGGUACAUUCAGAAUAAUCACAGAAAAUAUCCCAUGUGGCACUACUGGAGUAACAUGUUCAAAAUCCAUCAAGAUAUAUUUAGGGAAUACAGAACUGAAGUUGACUAAUAGUCACAUGGAGAAAAAGUUUGGAGAAUUUGAAACUGAAGUGGGAUAUAAAGUCCGUGAAGUGGGUCUUUAUCUCGCAAUUCGUACAAGCAGUGAUAUUUCCCUCAUUUGGGACAAGAAAACUUCCUUAUUAAUCAGACUGCCAUCCUCUUACAAGGGCAAAGUAUGUGGCCUGUGUGGAAAUUAUGAUGACAAUGCCAACAAUGACUUCCUGACCAGCCAAUCCAUACAAGCCAGCAAUGCAAUGCCAUUUGGAAACAGUUGGAAGCGUAGUAAUGAUUGUCCUGAUGCCAAUAGUAUUCCCCAGCCAUGCCUGGCAGCACCCCACCGCAGAUCUUGGGCUGAAAAGAAGUGUGACAUUAUCACCAAUAAUGUUUUUGCAAGAUGCCAUAGCAAGGUGGAUCCAAAACCCUUCUAUGAUGCUUGUGUAAAUGAUGUGUGCUCCUGUGACACUGGUGGGGACUGUGAGUGCUUCUGCACUGCUGUGGCUGCCUACGCUCAACUCUGCGCUAAAGCAGAUGUCUGUAUUCACUGGAGAACACCAGAAAUUUGUCCAAUAUUCUGCGACUACUAUAACACCAAUGAGAAUGAAUGUAUGUGGCACUACUUUGCUUGUGGUCCAGAAGAUAGAAGCAUCCACCACAUCACCAAGUACUGCCACUCACCAUCUGUCACACAUCUGGAAGGUUGCUACCCGACUUGUCCAACUGAACGUCCUUACUAUGAUGAAAUAAAUAAAUCAUGUGUCAGUCACUGUAGCUGCAUUAUCAACAACAUUACCUACAGCAUUGGUCAACAGAUACCCAAUCCUGAACCCUGUCAAAUAUGUGAGUGUGGUACUGACUUAAACAAGCAUUGUACUACAGACCCAGCAUGCUGCAUCAUGAGUACUACAGCACAACCAAUACCAACAAAUACCAUCAUUUCUACAUACACUUUACCAGAUCUCUGUGUUCAGAGUAAAUGUCAAAAUGGAAGUAUAAUUACAACUGCCACUCUUUGUUCAACCACAACUGGUCAAAAAGUAAUAGGUAGUGAAAGUAGAGAACGUGAUGGAAAAUGCUACAUCUAUGUAUGUGACAGCACUUGUCAGACAUUAAAAACUAAGACGCCUUGUGAAACAACUCAAACAACAUCUUCAACAACAACCCCUUCAACAACAAUUCACACCACAAAAUGUUCCUGUUAUCACAAUGGGAAAGCAUACAUGCCAGGUGAGGAAAUAACAAGAAAUAAAAUCCUUGGAAAGUGCUACAAAGUUGUAUGUGAUGGAAGUUGUGGAGAAAUACCUGCCAUUGAGUUCCCGUGUGAAAUUACAACAACACCAACAACUACACCAACUACAAAAACAACAACACCAUCAAGUACAACAACCACCAAGUCAACCACCAUCACUUCAAUCAGUACAACUACACCUUGUGUACCCCAUACAAGUUGGCAGAUUUUCAAUUGCACCAAAGCUGUGUGCAAUGGAAACGGUGAGCUACAGAUUGUUCAAAAAUCUUGCACACCUCCACCAGAGAUUAACUGUGCCAAUAAAAUGAAGCCAAUUGCUGUUCCUGAUGAUGACUCCUGUUGCUGGCAUUGGGAGUGUCCUUGCGUCUGUAGUGGUUGGGGAGAUUCUCACUAUCUUACCUUUGAUGGAACCUAUUAUUCAUACCAAGGAAGAUGCACCUAUGUUCUAGUGGAAGAAAUUGUGAAAACCAUCGAUAACUUUGGCAUUUACCUUGACAAUUAUGAUUGCGGACAUAAAACUGGUAUUACCUGCCCACGCAAACUUACUGUACGACAUAAAACUCAGGAAAUUCUAAUUUCACCUAAAACAUCUACUCCUACAAGCUUAGAGACUCGUGUAAAUGGAAAUCUUGUAUUGCUUCCUUACACAAAAUAUGGAGUAACAAUUUACCAGUCCGGAGUAUAUUUAGUAGUUGAAAUACCAGAGCUGCACACCAAUGUGACUUACAAUGGUUUGACCUUCAGUAUAAUGAUGCCAUAUGGAAAGUUUUAUAAAAACACACAUGGACAAUGCGGUACUUGCACCAACAACCAAGCUGAUGAUUUAAUGAUGGCUAAUGGUAAAGUUACAACUAGCGCUGCAGCUAUGGCUGAUUCUUUUAUGGUGCAUAACCCAGACAAGCCUCGAUGCAACAGCAUUCCUCCAGUACAUCAUAACACUUGCAAAUCUGCUGUCUGUGAUCUCAUCAUGGGACCGGUUUUCCAAAACUGCCAUGCAUUCCAUUCACCAGAACCUUUCUACCAAGCCUGCCUUUUGGACAGUUGCAAUAAGGCCAACUCAGAUAGUGAAUGUUCAAGUUUACAACAUUAUGCUUCAAUCUGUGGUGAUCGUGGUGUCUGCAUUCAGUGGAGAAGCCAUGCCCCAUCUUGUCCAUUUACUUGUCCUUCUAACAAAGUGUAUGAUGCAUGUGGCCCGGCUCUCCCCAUCACUUGUCAAACUAGGCCAACAGAUACAAUGGCAAUGAAAAAUGACAGACGUGUUGUGGAAGGAUGCUUCUGUGCCAAAGGCAGCAUGCCAUUUAGCACGAAAAUUGAUACCUGCGUAAGCGAAUGUGGAUGUGUUGGGCCAGACAACAUUCCCCGCAAGUAUGGAGAAUCCUUUGAGUUUAACUGUGAGACCUGCAAGUGUUUGGAGGGUGGUAAUGGAAUAACCUGCCAAAAACAACAGUGCCAUCAUGCAAGAAAUGAAGAGUGUACUCGAGAAGGCUUCUACAAAGUGACUCAAGUCAGUGCUACAAACAAGUGUUGUGAAGAAACUGUAUGCAGAUGUGACCCAAGUCGGUGCUCAAAUACCUUCCCUAAAUGUGGACCUGGAUUUGAACUUAAAGGUGGCAUCAAUGAAGGACAUUGUUGUCCUACUUAUGUUUGUGAACCAAAACCUGUUUGUGUUAGAGGAAAUGCUGAAUACUUGCCUGGAUCUCAUGUCUAUUCAGAGAACUGUGAGAAUUGUGUUUGUGCACAAAAUGGACACAACUUUACAAUAGCCUGCAACCCAGUUGUCUGCAACAUACACUGCCCAGCUGGUUUUAAGGUGAAGAAAAAUUCCCCAUCUGACUGCUGUGGUACCUGUCAGCAAACCAACUGUGUUGUGAAGUAUGAUGGCUCCUACAGGAUUAUGAAUAAUGGAGAUGUUCUGCCCUCUAUGAACGAUAACUGCACAAUGUAUAAAUGCUCAUUAAUCAAUGAUCAGUUCAUCACCACUGUCACUCAAAUGUCUUGCCCCUCAUUAAAUGAAGAAGACUGUGAGCCUGUAAGUAUCCAAAAGAAGGACUCCUGCAAGGUACAGGCAUUUGAUGAUUACUUGUCCUACCAAGGGUGCAGAUCUGUGAGCAGGAUCAAAAUGUCUCGCUGUGAAGGAGCCUGCGGAAAAGUUUCAAGGUACUCUGCUGAAGAACAUACUAUGUCCCAUACAUGUUCUUGCUGCAAUGAGGUUCAGACUAAAAGAAGUAAAGUCAAGCUGCAGUGCCCCGAUGGAACAUUAAUUGAUCAUGAGUACAUUGAUGUGCUGGAGUGCAAGUGUGCUGGCACUAAAUGUCCAGAUUAUUCCUGUGAAGGAGUCUGUGAAUUCCAACAGCCAAUGGACGCCAGCAGUAUUCACUGGCCAAUCAGAGGAGCUCAAGAGAAGAAGCUGGUGACUGGGGACUUGCCUGUUGAAGUUUUCAGUUAG